AUGGCAGAUCAGUACUUUGAGAGUCUACUUGAUACACGUUGGCCACCAGUGGACAAUCCGGAAGCGAAUCAAAUGCUUUUGAACUUGGCAAACAGCUUGGCCGAUGCGCUGCAUGCGGAACUGACCGUAAACUCAUCUCCGAUCCCCGAGAAGAUUGUCUUCCCCACACCGGGUGAUCUGUUGCAUUGUUUCAUUCAAGAUGCCAAUUGCAGUUUAUUCAGACUGGUGAGUGAAUGGAUUUUCCGUAUUCGUUUUGGCUUCUCUCCUCUCGUAUCUCCUGACCGUUCCCGAAUUUGUCUAGAGGUCUUGAUUGAGGAACAAAAAGACUCUUAG